CAUGGCAGGGGGUGUGACUGAGAAAUGACUCCCGCCUCAUUUCCUCCGCUGCCGCCAUUUUGUGUCGGAGACAUCUAGAGGAGGAAGAGACGAGAGAAAAGCAACAUUCGGAGACCUGAUAAGACUGACCGAAACUACGAAUUUGCCUGUAGCGAUUUAAAGUCGCACAAGCCAUAUUAAUUGUUGCCGGUGUCAAUAGGAACUCUUUCUCUGAGCACCGCGGAAUUGCGAGUACCAGGACAGGAGCCGCCCGGGCUGCGCAGCUCACUCACCGCAUAAGGUGGGAGGCAGAAGCGGAGAGGACACGGUCACCAUGACCAACGAAGAACCUCUCCCAAAAAAGGUUCGUCUCAACGAGUCAGACUUUAAGGUCUUACCCAGAGAAGAGCUAUUGCAAAGGUGGAAGCAGUUUGAAGCAUAUGUGCAAGCUCUGGAAAAUAAAUACACAGAUCUUAACUCUAAUGAUGUCACUGGACUGAGGGAGUCAGAGGAGAAGCUAAAGCAGCAACAGCAAGAUUCUGCCCGAAGAGAAAAUAUAUUGGUGAUGAGACUGGCCACGAAGGAACAGGAGAUGCAGGAAUGCACGACUCAGAUACAGCAUCUCAAGCAAGUACAGCAGCCAAGCGUUGCCCAGCUGAGAGCAACUAUGGUCGACCCAGCCAUCAACUUGUUUUUCAUCAAAAUGAAAGCGGAACUGGAACAGACAAAAGACAAACUGGAACAAGCCCAAAAUGAACUGAGUGCCUGGAAAUUUACGCCUGAUAGCCAAACAGGCAAAAAGCUAAUGGCAAAGUGUCGAAUGCUUAUCCAAGAGAACCAAGAGCUGGGGAGGCAGCUGUCCCAAGGACGCAUUGCCCAACUCGAGGCUGAGUUGGCUUUGCAGAAGAAAUAUAGCGAGGAACUUAAAAGCAGCCAAGAUGAACUGAAUGACUUCAUUAUUCAGCUUGAUGAGGAGGUGGAAGGAAUGCAGAGCACAAUCUUAGUUCUGCAGCAACAGCUGAAAGACUCCCGUCAGCAGUUAUCCCAGUUCCAGCAACAGAUCCAAACAUCUGGUAACAGGACUCCUUCGUCGGAAUCCAAGGAUGAGGGCGAGGCUUCUGGAAAGGAUUGUGGCCGUAUACUAAAUGGACCAAGCAAUGGUGGCUCUUCCCAUCAGAGAACACACAGCUCAGUUGGUCUUUAUAGGGAGGGCAGUAGCACAGAAGAGGAUUUUUCAGCCUCCCCUAUCAAUGAGGGAAAGCUCCCAAACCACUCAGAAGAGAGAACUAGUAGAGGUGGGAGCAGCUAUAUGAAUCAGCUUAGUACUGGGUAUGAAAGUGUAGAUUCCCCAACUGGCAGUGAGAACUCUCUAACUCACCAGUCCAAUGACACAGACUCUAAUCAUGACUCCCAGGAGGAGAAGCCAGUGAGUGGAAAAGGCAAUAGAACUGUAAGCUCCCGUCACCUUCAAAACGGUUUGGACUCCAGUGUAAAUGUACAGGGUUCUGUUUUGUGAAAACAAAAAAAAGUAACAUUUUGAACUUGUUUUUUUUUUAUACGUCAUUUAAUUUCAGAGAACAUUUUUUUUGCCCAGAAAUCCAACAUUUUUUUUGUCGCAUAUUUGCCUUCCUUAGGAUUUCUUCCGGCAUUGUUGCUUGAUGUAAUACCUCUGCCAAUUUGGACAUUUUAACAGUUAAUUAUGUUGUUGCUAAAAUUGCCAUUUGUGUUCACCAGUUACGUUUCUAGAGGUCAAGGAACAAUGUUAAACUCCAAACAUUAACAAUGACUGUACAAAUGUUAUAACCUAAAACCUUUGCUGUGUAAGGGCACAAAUCCCCCAUUCCAUUAUUAUACUUAGACCUAAAUAACAAUUUGGUAUUGUGAGGGUUUGACUGCCAAAGUUUACCCAGUAAUGUAGUUUUUAUCAACAAAUUUGGACACCUAGAUAUAUCCUGUGGUAGUUUGUGUUAAUCAUUGUUUUCUUUUUCCUCUUCAAAUGACAUUUGUACAUAUCUUAUUUUUCUUCUAUAGAUGGCUGAAUGUUUGAGACUUGUGCAUAGUUACUCAGUUUGAAGAACUGUUGUACCUUGUUUAUGCAUAUGCCUCUGUGACUCCAAUAAUACCUUGCCUGUACUGACCAAACCAAAAUAAAGAUUUUUAAUAAUGUCGUCACACAAA